AUGACGCGAAAGCGACAGGCCCCUUAUCCAGAGGGGAUUCCAUACACCACACCGUCCUUUCACCCAAUCCCACACCCAACCUCACUCUCCAACAUCGUCGCCGCCGCACCAGUCGCCCCAGCCCCAAUCAAUCCGAUCGUCGCCCCAGCUCCAAUCAAUCAAGGCCCACAGCUCGUUGUCCCCGCCACGAUCUGGCAACAGAUUGUGGUAAAUCCCGCACUGACACAAUACCUCAUCAGCAUUCUGGAACCAAAUCAACACACCGAGGACAACGGAGCACUCACCAACGGAGGCCUCACGGAGAAGGAGAUCAAACAAGAGUCGCCGUUUUAA